GACACAGCAGGGAGGAGCGGAUGCUCACAAGCUCUGCCUCACUCUUACUUUCCUCUUCUCACUUUGUCUCUCCCUCUUUUUUCACCCCAGUCACUGGCGUCUGCGCUGCUUUGUGCCGUCCACAGAAUAAACCCGGGAUAACACGCUCGGACUCAGAAGAAGCAGAAGAUGAAGUCUCACGUGGUUUUGACGCUGCUCUCACUGUGCUGCGGUGCCUGUCACGCCGCGCCCAUGUUCUACAACAUGUCCAUGGACGGCAGUGGUGACGAUUCAGACCUGGGCCUCCUGUUCCCGUCCUUCUUCUCCACCCGAGCGCCCGUCCUCCUCACCACGGCCACCGGAGCUCCCUCACUCACCAACACCAUCACCACCACCAUGAUCCGCCUGAAGGACUUCGUCCUGAGCCGGGUCGUGGACUUCCUGCAGGAGCACAUGCUCAUCAUCAUCGUGGUGACGUCCCUCCUCAUCGUCAUGGUCUUCAUCAUCUGCUGUGCCUCUGCAAUGAGUCACAAGCGUAAGCUGGAGGCCUACAAGCCCACCGCUAACCCGCCCAGGAAGAACGCGGCAGAUAAAUCUGUUGGAUUCAAGAAUUCUGGCGAGCUCCACGAGAGGCCGUACGCCGUCGACCACGUCAAGAGGGUCCAGACUCAGAGCAUGGCUUCACCCAAGCACCUGCGCACCCCCUCCAAGGCUCUGGUGGGAGAGCGGGGGAGAGACGUGAGGUUGUCGCCGCGCCAAGAGGUCAGAAAGGUCAAGCAGGUCGAGGAGGUGGAGAAGCGGAGAGAGGAGCCCAGGCACAAGGAGCCGGUGAAGCACAGGGAGGAGGCGCAGCAGAGCUCCAGCUCCAGUCCCCCUGUCUGCACCUGCCACCUGAAAAAGGGCCACCAUUAAUAAUCCACAGUCGAGGGUUAG